AUGAGCACCAGCGCGGCGCUGCAGAACCUUGCGAAGGCGCAGGCGGCGCUGGGCCAGUUCGGCAUGGGCAUGGGCGGGAUGGGCAUGGGCAUGGGGCUGGACGUGCCAAUGUUCAACGCAGCCUAUACAGAUGGCAUGUUCAAGGCCCCCAUGGCCCAGCAGGCAAUGGCCGGCCGCAAGUCCCUGGACUCCUCGCUCCACGCCCACGGCCACGCCGCCGCCGCGGCCGCGGCCGCCGUCGCGGCCGCUUCGGCCGCCGCCGCGCGCAGCCAGCAGCAGCAGGUGCAGCAGCAGCAGCAGGCGGCGCAGCAGCAACAGUCGCAGCAGCAGCAGCAGCAGCACCAGGCGGCACCGUCGCCGUCGCGGCACUCAAUGGAGAAUCCCGCGAUAUCCAAUGCGCGCGCGGGGCCUCGGAUAUUUGUGGGCAAGCUGACCAAGGACACCACCGAGGCUGACGUCAAGGAGUACUUCAGCAGGUUUGGCUAUGUGAUGGACGUCUACAUGCCCAAGUCGAAGGACAACAAGGCGGAGCACCGCGGCUUUGGCUUCGUGACCUUUGAGACAGACGCCGCCAUCAAGCGCGUCGUCGGCGCCGGCUCCCACCGCCUGCGCAGCUCCACAAUAGCGAUCGACAUAGCCAUGCCGAAAGAGGACGACUCGAGCGGCAGCGGCGGCGUGGGGGCUGGCAACGGCGCCGGCGGGCAGCUGCCCGCGUCGCAGGCGCAGGCGCACGCCAACGCCCAGGCGGCGGCCGCCGCCGCGGCCGCGGCGGCCGCGUUCGACCCCUCCUCGGCGUUCGCCGGCUUUGGCGGCGGCGCGUUUGGCGGGAUGCCGCCAACACCCGGGUUCGACGCCGCGGCCGCGGCGGUGGCGGGGCUGGCAGCGGCGCGGCAAUUCCAGGCCGCGCAGCUGCCGAUGAUGUGA